AUGAAAAGGCAAAUAUCAGAAGGAUGUGAAGUUCCUCGAAAGAGAAUUUUUAUUAAGAGAUCCAAGGAAGUCCAAGAAAGAAUCAACGAGGAGAGAAGAAUGGCAGUGAUUAAGGCUAAUGAAAUUCUUCAGGUGCCCUUUUCCACGCCACCUCCAAUUUCAAAAGUUCUCCUUAAGAAAAGGAAACCGGAAGAAUCCGAAGUUCCACAGAAGAGUAUUACCACUAAAAGGUCGAAGUAUGCACACGAAAGAAUAGAUGAUGAGAGAAGAAGGCCUUUGUUUAAUGCAACAAAAAAUAAGGUGAAAUUUGAUAUGCCGCCUCCAAUUUCAAAAGUUCUCAUUAAGAAAAGGGAAGGGGGGAAAGGCAAAGGUGUAGAGUAUAAUGAGAAGAAAAAGGUUUUGGAGGAACCUCUGAUGGAAGUAAAAAAUGCGAUAGAUUCGAUGGAAGUGGAGGAACUUAGAAUCCCACGAAUCUCAUCGAUCCCAAUUAAGAAGCGAAACUAA